GGGAAAAAUAAAUCAACGUGCAUUUGACGAUUUUGCGGGAAAAUCCAAAAUGUACUAAAAUAUAGGAUAUUACUGAAUAUUGAUACCUUAACAAACUUAUCAUAGCAUGGCACUAUUGACUUUACCAGCGUCACCAAACUGGUACAUUAGCCAUACAGUGGGCUUCAAUAAAAGUGGUCUGCUAGUUUUUGCUGCUCGACAUGACGUUUUCAUAUACGAUGCAUCAACGUUCCCAAUAGCUCAUAAAGGAGUUUAUUGUGGACACAGAGAAAAAGUGACGUGUGUCACAUUGCCAUCUACAGCAGUAGAUCCAAACCAGAUACUAUGUUGCAGUGGUUCAGAGGACGGUAAAGUGUUUAUCUGGGAUGUCAACUCGUACGAGUUACUCUAUGAAACUGAAGCUCAUAGUAAGGUCACAGCACUGACAUGGUCAGCUUCCAACCACAUGCUUAUUGUAUUUGGAGACGAUAAAGGGGAGGUAACUUGCUGGAACUUCUGUGACAGCAGGAUUGCAAGUUUCAAGGGAGAGAAGUCACCUGUUUUGACAACUGAAUUUUCAAAUUUAGAAGAAUUUACCUUAGCUGUUGGGUACAAGUCUGGUGUUGUGAACUUGUAUGAUAUAAGAGAUGGAAGUUUAAUUCAUCGUUUGCGAGGACAUGACGAUGAGGUCCAUUCUAUAGCAUGGUGUCCUAUACCAGGGGAGAAUUUUAAACCACAGAAAACAUACAAAGACCUGGACAGACCUGAGGAGGAGAAUGAAACUAAUGUGAGUGAAACAGAAAGAAGUAAUGACUUUGGGGAAGAAGGGCACCUAUUAGCCUCAGCAAGUAAAGACAGAACUAUUAGAAUAUGGAGUACAGUUAAAGGGAGACAACUUGCAUCAAUGAGGUUACCCAAAACUGGAGGCCCACCAGGUGAUUCAGGAAGAGGCAAACUAUGGGCAGCCAUUGUUUGGUCAUACUCUGAUCCACAUAAUAUUGUCUCUAGUUCCUUUGGUGGUGACUUGUUGCUAUGGGAUUUAGCAGCUACAGGACAACAGAAAUGGCAGCCAUUUUCUGCCACAGACAAACGUCAACAACAUAACAGAAUAAUAUUUAACCUGAGGUUAGGAUUCACUGACAACAAUCUUAUGGCAACAACGUCUAUGGACAGACAGUUGAUAAUUUGGGAUGUGAAAAAGCGCAGACCAGUUCACUGUCAGCCAACCCUAGGAGGAUAUGUAUAUUGUGCCAGGACAUCUCCAAUAGAUCCAGGAAGAAUAGCUUUAGGAGUUGGGGACAAUAUGAUCAGAGUAUGGAACCUUAACAACAGUAAUAAUCCUUUUGAUGUUGUCACGUUGUGGCAGGGGAUUAGAUCAAAGGUCACUGCACUAUGUUGGCAUCCGAAGAAAGAGGGUUUGUUGGCUUAUGGUACUGAUGAUGGAAGAGUUGGAAUAUAUGAUACUUUGGCAAAUAAGCCUCCGAGUGUUUCAUCCAACUACCACAAACGUACAGUCUAUGUUGUAUCCUGGGGUCCACAGUGUAUAAAGACAGAAGGUACCAGUUCUGCUGCUUACUUCCUAUACAGUAUUGGAGAUGGUGUAGUAAUGCAGCAUGAUCCAUACAAACUUGAAGAUGAGGCUCAUGACCUCAAUGACCUUAUAGAACAGUCCAAUGGGAGAAAACCUAGGGUACCAGUAAGAAGUGAGAUCAGUUGGAGUCCAGACUUUUCUGUGGUUGCCAUUGGAAACGAUGAUGGGUCCAUAGAAAUUCUGGAUCUACCCGACCUGAAACUGAGAGGAACUGUCCAUGUUCAUAAGAAGUUGAUCAAUGCUAUUGUCUGGCAUCCACAGUACACAACAACCUCCAGCGCUGGUUCACCAUACAAGAACCUGAUAGCAACUGGUUCCAAUGAAUCCAGUAUCAAUAUCAUUGAUUUGAAACCAAUAAUAGAAGCUGAUAAAGAUGGAAAAGAACUCCUGAUUAUAACUGAACCCUGGAAGUCCUUGAGAGGUCACUGUCACAGAAUUACAGGUCUGUCGUGGAGUACACACUGUGAUGGAUUUAUAGCAUCUUCGUCCUAUGAUGGACAGGCAAUGGUGUGGAGCAUAGAAACAGAGCAGAUGUUAGCAUGUUACCGUGGACACAAGGGGAGGUUACUCACAAUACAGUGGAGUGGUCAGGAAAAAGAUGUGGUGUUUACAGGGGGAGAGGAUUUUUCUUUCCAUAAAUGGAGGUUAACAGAUCACCUACCAUCUGAAACUAAUGUGGUGAGGAAGAAAAGAGUAAAGACAAGAGGAGGAGGAAAAAACAAAAAAGCAACAGAUGGAGCCACUGAGCAGGAAGAUGCCGAAAAUGUUGUCAUGGUCAAAGAAAAUGGGUUGGAUCUGAAUGUAGAUGAGCAGGAGUCAAUGGAAGCUCUGAUUAAUAGCAAGAAACAGCUGCUACAAAAACAGGAAGUAGAUGAAAAGGGAGAUAAUUCUCAAAGUUCAGUAUACAAUGAUGUUCAAGAAGUGUUGAAAAGCACAUCAUCACCCAAAGCAGACGACAGUACAGGGUCAGAGGUCACACCUGUGUCCAAGGAAGCUAGUUCACCAAACUGUACUAAAGUAACUGAAGUUCAGCCUGAAUUUACUAAAAUAAAGGAGAGAAAAGUUCUUAAACCUUAUAGCCAAACACAUGGAAAAGAACCAAAGAAGAAACCAUGGAAACCAAAAUCCUUUUUCCCAUUGUCUGGUAGGAAAGAGGCUAGAGGAAAAGAACCAGUACUGAACGACAUUUUGAUCCUGGCCAAGCAUAUAUUUGGUAAAUUAACACCUGAAGAGGUUAACGAUGUUGAGGGGGAGGAGUGUGCUCAUUUGGGAUUUUUCCUGGACAGAAAAGCCAUGUACAGGUGUCUUAACCUAGAAGGCCAGUAUCACAGAGAAAAUGAUAACAUGGAUUAUUUUUAUCAGCUUGAAAUCUGGAAGGGAAACAUCACUGGAGCGCUUAGGAUAGCAAGGGAAAGAGAAGAACUUUCAGACUGGCUUGUUGCUAUGGCACCAAUGGCUUCCUUUGAAUCAUGGGUAACUGUCUGUACAGACUAUGCUAUACAGUUAGAAUUGGAGGGACAAUACCACAAGGCUGUGUCCUACCUUUUGGCAGCACAUAAAGUCUAUGAUGCGAUAGACCUCUUCAAGAAACAUAGACUCUUCAAAGAAGCUAUAGCUUUGGCAAAAGUCAGAUUAUCUCCCUUUGACCCUGUGUUAGAAGAUUUGUACACACUAUGGGCACACCAGCUGACUAAAGAUGGCAACUACGAACAAGCAGCUAAAUGUCACUUGGCUAUGAGACAGGUUCAGGAUGCUGCUAACCUUCUGGCUCGUAGAUAUAACCAGCCUAGUCUCCGUACCGCCUCCCAUGUCUGUAUGAUAGCUAAGGACAAACAGCAGGGGUUGGUAUACGCCCAGAAAGUAGUCCAGCAGUACCUUAUACAGAACCAAUGGAAAGAAGCAUACAGCUUCCUUAAGGAAGACAAACAUCUUCAGUUGUUAUCUGCAGUUACAGCUAUGCAUGAGUUAUUAGCAGUAGAGGUCACAAAAUGUGGUGAUGAUUUGCUCACCAUAGAAAAGGACAACCUGACUGAUUGGUCAGAGAAGCUUCAAGUUACUCCUAUUUUACCAGAUUUCAUUUUAGACCCCGAUGAGAAUGAUCCAAUCUCACCAUGGCAACCAAACAUCGUUGAAGGUCAUACCUUUCCCCACCAUGUUUUGAGAAUCUGGUAUGGUAACCUAGGCAUCACUAUGGAUACCAAUAGUCUUGAGGAAAUGUACAAGUCUUUGAGUGUGUUGCAUGCUGGAAGACAAGCUCAAACAGAACUACCACAAUUACUGGUACAAAUCAGUAUAGACCUAGUGCUAUGUCUGCUGUCGUUGUUGAUGUCUGAGACUCCCAUGGCAAUCUCACAUCUGCUGAAAGCUGUCAGUAGUCUACAUGAAGCUAAUCACUUACAAGUAAUGGAAAUAUUGCUCAAACUGUUCCUUCCACAAGGGCCAAAAUAUAUGCUGAAGUUACAACAAGAGAUUACUGCCAUGAGAGUAGUUAUUAGUAUGGAAAAUAAUAUUGACUUUGAUACUUCAAAAAUGCACACGAUAAAACGUUACAUGUCCGAACUUAAGGACGAAGACUCUGUUUCAAAUGGAGGCUUACGAUGCAGGGAGUUAGACUGCCUUAGAGCUUAUUAUUUUGUGGCCAUUUUGAAUUAUUUGCGAAAGAACUUAGGCAAAAAAGAAGAUGAACAAAAUGAAAGUGAAAGCUCAAAUUUAGAAAUCAAAAGUGAAAAUAAGAGUGAUGUGCAGGAGGUUGUUAAAAUUGAUUCAGUUGAAAAUAUACAAGGUACUGGAGAACGUGAAAAUAACAAUUCAAAAGCUGAAGAAAUCUCCAAUACCAAAAGUGAUAAAGAAAAUUUAGAAGCAAGCAUUCAGUUGAGAAGUAAAAUUUUGCCUUCCACAUCUGAUAGUAGUGUUAGUGCUUUGGCCUCUAGUUUUGACACCAGCAUUAGCCUAUCUGGUCAACUUGAGAACAUUAAACCAUCUGAUAUUGAGGAAAAUUUGGCAGAAAAAGUUAAAUUUUACGUUAAAUGUGAUGAUGACAUGAAUCCAGUUGCUGAAUCAGCUGAUCAAAGUUUAGUGAGCGGAAAAGGGGCAAGGCCAAAAACUUUUAGAUUCUUGUCCUUUGAAACCCCUGAGUAUCGUCUCAGUGUCUCCAAGCUUUCACAUGUGGCUCGCGGUUUACUUUGGGAUAUACAGGGCAAACGUUAUGCACUGACUGAAACAUUAGGUUAUAUAUACAAGGGAAUUUCUCAACUUCUGCUGGACUUGAAACCGAGUUCAAUUUCACCUUCACCUUCUCAAGCGGAAGUUAAUUCUCAAACCAUGUCGGAAAAUCUUCCUAUGGACCAUCAGGCAAUACCAAUGUCAUAUCCUGAAGUAGGUGGAGAGUCUGUUUCUGCAAGAUCGUCUGUUGGUUCAUUAAUCGAUUUUCAAGGGUCAGCUAUGGGUAAAAAACGUCAUUCCAGUGAGCCUGUCAUUCAAAAACUUCAACCCCACGAGACACUAGAUUCUUGCCAUCGUUCAGCAUCAACAGGGAGUCAACCAAGUCUGGAAGCCAUGUCUCUUCAAUACUCCAGCAUUGAUAAAGAUCUGAUGGAUGAUCCUGAUUUAUACAUGUCUUCUGAUUGGUUGAUCAAGUCCAGGAAGGUCUUAUGGGAGGAUGAGCCUCAUCAUCCAUUAGCAAUUGUGCAUUCUGGGAAAGAAAAUUUAACCAGCAUUAUUAAUCCUAAUAAAUACAUUAAUGUGCCUGAUGAAUGGUACAACAUGCCUGCUGAUCAAAAAUACACAAUGAAAUAUGUAACUAUGGCAAUACUAAAAGAGGAACAGGAGUACAUGAUGCAGGAGUUGAAGAACGGUCCUGAUGCUAUACAGACACCAUUUCCUAACCCAAUGGAUUCUGUAAAACUGUUACUAGUGAUGUGUGGAAAGAGUAAUUCCCUGACAGAAAACGAGAGACAUAUGUUUGCCGAGAAAAUAGUCACAUGGGCCAUGAAAUAUGCUGUGUCAUCACAACAGAAAGACUCUAUAAUAGAUCAUAUGCAUCAAGCUUUGACUCAUUUGUAAAAUAUUGUAUCAUAAAUUCAUCAAUCGUGUAUAAAAGCUUAUAUUUACUGUGACUAUGGCAAUAGCUAUAGGGAUUUAGAACCUAAAUUUUGAAUUUUAGAUGUUGUAUUUAUCUUAAUACUGUAAAUUCAGAAAUUAUUGCUAAAUUUUUAUUAUUAUGAAAAAUGUGACAGAUUAUUAUCACAAUAGUUUGAAAUUGAAUUCUGUAUAUGAAUUAAAAUAUAUUUUUUUUUCAAUAUCGCAAAAAAUUCAAUUGCAAUUUAGUAGCAAAAGAGACAAAAUCCCAAUAAUAAAUGCACACAAUAAUUUCUAAAUUUGCAGUAGCCUAUUUACACUUUGGCCUACUGCAAUAAUGGUCUUUUAGUCAUGAAGACCAAAAAAUGUCAAAAAUAUGUGAAAUUGAUGCUUUUUUUUUACAAUUCUUGAAAACACAUGACAAAUAUUUGACAAUUUACUAAAUUGACUAAAAAUAGUUAAUAUUUUUUGAAAAUAUAUGCAAAUUUAUUUAUUUUGCUGAGUUAGUGUUUUAUUAGUGAGAAUCACACAAAAAAUGUGCACUUAUCAGGCAUUUCAUUUAAAGACAGCAUCUAGUACUUUUAUUAUCUUGUGUAUUAUGAGUGGGUGAAAAAAAUCUUUCCUGUUUUCUAUUGCUAUGAUUACACAGUACCCAUUUUCACAUAUUGAUAGCACACGAAAUUAUGUCAAAAAGACAAUAAAAUAUAAAACUAUUUGUAUAUUCCUUUGCAUUGUAUAAAACAAUUUUGUAACAUUUGAGUGUGUUAUGAAAAAAAAUAUCAGGAUAAUUUCAGUCCUGUCUAUUGCCAUGGUCACACAGUAUUUAUCUGUCAUUUUCACAUGUUAUUAGCCUUAGAAUAAUGUCAGAGAGACAAUAAACUAUAUGUAUAUUUCUUAAAACUGUAUUGUUCAUUUAACACUGUAAUUUUGUAUCAUCUAUAUUUCCAUCAUUUUUCAAGCGUAGGGAAGGCAUUUAAUCAAUUGGAAACUUUUUCCACAAAAAUGAAACAUUUUUUUUUAAUUUUGGUGUCUUAACACCACUUUUUAAGCACUGCAUUCUGGGUAUUCGGUGGCCCUCAGUUUUUAUUAGUGGGGAAAGAAGCCAUUGUGAUGGGAGAAAACCACCAACCUUCGAUAGGAAAACUUACAAUCUUAGUCAAUUAAGAUUUGAGUCAAGUGCACCUGCACAAGCGGGGUUUUGAACUAUCAACCUGAGAGUUGACUGGCUAGUGAUAACAGUAGUAACUACUUAGACCACACGGCCACUGAGAUCCCUUGAAACCUUCAGAAUGCUUGGUAUAUAUUUUGCAGGUCUGACUGACAAUAAAUACACGUCGGUUAUCUUUAUAAAAAGCUUAGGUGUCAACUUUUCAGCCGCCACUAGAUUCAACUAGAUAUUAAAAUGGAAAAUUGUUAUUUCCCUUUAAAGACAAAUAUUUUGGCAAGGAGUCAAAAGUUCUUCUUUUGAAAAAGAAAAAAAGGAAUGCAUAUUUCUUUCUUUUUUCACUUUCAUUUCCUUCAAAUUAAAUUUUGACUGAAUAAGUUGUGUUACACCUUUCUGUCCCUACUUAGAAUUCUUAAAGGGAAAAAACAAUUCCAAGAGGGAGAUGUUCCAACUUUUGAGGUUUGAUUAGUUGACACAUAUGUAAAAAAAAAGCUGGAUUUCUUCAAGUGCCGUUUUAGCUCACCUGGCCCACAGGGCCAAGUGAGCUUUUUUCAUCACUUGGCAUUUGUCUUCUGUCUUUGUAACUUUUUCAAAAAUCUUCUCCUCUGAAACUACUGGGCCAAAUUUAACCAAACUUGGCCACAAUCAUCAUUGGGGUAUCUAGUUUUAAAAUUGUGUCUGGUGACCCGGCCAACCAUCCAAGAUGGCCACAAUGGCUAAAGAUAAGGUGAAAUGCAGUUUUUAGCUUAUAACUUAAAAACCAAAGCAUUUAGAGCAAAUUUGACAAUUGUGUAUCAGGUCAAGAUCUAUCUGCUCUUAUAUUUUCAGAUGAAUCAGACCUUCCGUUGUUAGGUUGCUGCCCCUGAAUUGGUAAUUUAAAGGAAAUUUUGCUGUUUUUUGAUAUUUUCUUUAAUACUAUUAUAGAUAGAGAUAAACUGUAAACAGAAGUAAUGUACAGCAAAGUAAGACCUAAAAAUAAGGCAACAUGACCAAAAUGGUCAAUUGACCCCCUUAGGAUUUAUUGCCCUUUACAGUCAAUUUUUAACAAUUUUCAUAAAAUUUGUAAAUUUUCACUAACAUUUUCCACUGAAACUACUGGGCCAAGUUCAUUAUAGAUAUAAAUAAUUGUAAGCAGCAAGAAUGUUUAGUGAAGUAAGACACAUCACUUAAAAACAAUUUUCUGAUGAAUCCAUUUGUGUCCUUGUUUAAUAUUCACAAGGUGAGUCACACAGGCUCUUUAGAGCCUCUAGUUUGGAAUGUCUAAACUGUUGAUUUAUUAUUACCUGUACAUUUAAGCAAUUAUCGAAUCAUAUACAUGUAUUUUGUCUUUUUAGGCUGUGAUUAUGGAAGGUUGAGCUUAUAAAUGAAGCAAGCCCAAUUAUAAAAAAUAUAAAAUCAUAUUUUUUUGUAGAAGGAAACAUUUAAUUUUGAAUGUAUUGCUCAAAAUGAUUAAACAAAAGUGAUAAGAUAUAAGUGCCUUUUUUUAUUUGACAUCAUUCUGCCUAAUGAACAGUGAUUUGAAAUUAAGAAUUAUUUAUUUUAUUUUAGAUUGUCAAAACAAUACAUUUUUGGGGAGUUUAGGUAGAAUUUUUUUUAUAAGUUAACGAAACAAUUUCUUCAAAGUUUUUAAGCAGAUAUUUGAGAGAAAAGCAGUUAUUAGUUUUGGGAUAUGCUAUGCUAUCUUUAAAAACUAUCAAGCUUUUGAAACAUCAACAGCAGGUAAUGUCACAUAAGGCAAUUCCAACCUUCAGAAGGUAAUAUGAAGUUUUGUUCAAAGUCACAUGGGAUAGUUUUAACCAAUCGAAUGUUGAUUUAGCGUAUCCAAGUUGCUCACUUUGUAUAACUAUCAUAUUAUUUUUUUCACGUUUUCUAUAUGACACUUUUUUCAGUGUUUAUACAACUAUGAUGGGUUCUAAAAUUCAAUUUCCCUGUGAAAAUGUAAUUUUUAGGACACAUCUUAAAUUACUUAUGCAUAAAUAGAUCAUCUGUAGGUACAGAAUCACUAGGUUAAAACUCCCUUUGUAUACCCAAGGUAGCUUGGGCAAUUCUUUACAGGCUAAGUUUUUCUACCCAAUUGCUCUUCAUGUAUAAAUACUUGCCAGGAAUUCCAUAUUCUAAAUUUUUAAUAUUUCUGAUCCAUAAUAUGUUUGAGAUACUUAUAGGUUAUCAUUGAUCAUCUCAACAAGAUUGAUUUUCUCGUUCGAGCCUGGACGGGGAAAGUGAGAAAGGCAAUCAAGUUAAGAUGACCAGAGAUAAUCUGUUAAUCGCUAAGUUUACCUAUGAAGUGUUGUCAAUUUCAUGUCAAUUUGGUUAGCAACGCCACGUGCCUGCUUAGUUUCUGGUGAUAAUUUUCCAUCUCAAGCGAGUAGCAUAAUUAAUAUUAAAAAUUAUCACCAAAAAAAUAUCAAAGGAAAAAUGCACAAAAUAUCGAUAAAAUAAAUUGUAUAUUUUUUUGCCUCAAUUAAAGUUCAACAAACUUCUAUUAUAGUACAAAUGUAUUGUGCUCCAUCAUGUUGAAGACUCCUAGUAUAAAAGUGCUAUGUUAUUCACAUUUGUAAAUAUACCAUAACAAAAAAGUGUCUUCACUCUAAAAAUGCCAUCGUCAAAACACAAGGGGAUAGACAUGACAUUGUCAAAACACAUGGGAAUAACCUAACAUUGUCAUGACACUGUUUCUCAUGGCAAUGUCAUAACACAUGGAAACAAACAUGGGGAUAUGCAUGUUAUAUUGUUGUUACUGCUUCAUUGUUGUGUUAAUUAUGACUGAAAUAAAAUUAUUGAAUU